AUGUUUCUCUUAUUUUUUUAAAAACUCAUUGCUUACAUUGUAGUUAAAUUUAUUCUUUGUUUGAUUGUUAAAUCUUAGUAAGUUUGUUAAUUUUUUGUGUCUCUUAUAUUUUUUAGUUAAUCGUGAAAUAUCAACAUCAGCUAAUCAUGUCGCAUGCUUAUGAUUGGAAGCAACUUAUUGAACAAAAGCCUAGAGAAUUGGUUUUUAAAGAUGCUCCUGCAUGUAAGCAUAUUGAAGAAGAGAAUGGAUUGAAUGAAAUCAUCUUCAAAUUGAGAACACUAAAUUUUCUCGAAAUCAGCGGCACACCAUUGACUAGUUUCCCGGAUAGAGUUGCUAAUCUCGAUAAUCUGACCAAUCUCGUAUUAAGGAAUAAUAAAUUGACUAGUCUACCACCUGAUAUUGGCCGUCUCUCUAAACUCAAGUUCAUUGAUGUAUCAAACAACUGUCUUGAACAAAUUCCAGAUGAAGUGGGCAGUUUAACUGAACUCCAGUCAUUGGUUGCCAAUGUUAACAAAUUAACAGAUUUACCGCUAACUUUGAAAAAUCUGAGUAAUUUGACUGUGGUUAAAAUUGAAUAUAAUAAAUUGGAACAUUUCCCAACGAGUCUUUGUGAUGAAAACCUUAAACAUCUUGCCGAGAUCCAUGCUAAAAAUAAUUCUAUUCAGGAUAUUCCAUCGACUAUUGGUAAAUUAUUGGCCCUCAAAGUACUGGAUUUGACUGAAAAUAAUAUAACUGAUGUACCUGGUGAACUAGGGGACUGUAACCGUUUGAAAGAGGUUCACUUGAAAGGUAAUAAACUGUCCGAUCGAAAGCUUCUUAAAUUGGUCGAGCAAGGCAAAAUGAAACAAAUCAUCGAUUAUAUUCGAGGCCACUGUAUCAAAGGAGGUAAUAAAAGUGCCGAAACUUUGAAAGAAACUUUUGCUGAUGCCAAAGCAAAAGUUCGAGAAGCUCGUCGACGACGUCGAUCAUCGUCUAGAUCUUUAGAUGACAGAGAAGCACACAUGGAAACAAUAAAAAUAUUAAAUGUUGCGCCAACUGAGUUUAGGCUCGUAACUGCUACUCCAGCCAUCUUAGAAACUCGUAAAAUUGUUUGUUGUAUCGUUAGAAAUGUAGACCUCACUCGGACUGGUUUAGUAAAGAAAUUUCUUUCUCUCCAAUCGGAUUUACAUGAUGGAUUACUUUGUGGUAAGCGUAAGAAUGCUACAAUCGCAUCACACGAUCUAUCCAAAAUUCAGGGAAAUAUUGUCUUCGAUGUACGGCCACCAGCUAAAAUCCGUCUUCAGCCUCUUGGUAGACAUACUGAAAUGCAUGCUGGUGAGCUGUAUAAAGUUCUGAAUGAAGAAGCUGAAGCUUAUCGCAAGGAGAAAAAACGUAAUGCAUAUUCUGGAGUACAUAAGUAUCUGCUUCUACUGAAAGGCAAAUCGAGAUUUCCUUGCUUAACUGAUUCAGGAGGUACAGUCAUUUCUUUCCCACCGAUAACUAAUUCAGAAAGCACCAAAAUCUCGGAAGAAACGCAACACCUUUUCUUAGAAGUGACUGGUGAUAGUCAACCAACUUGCAAGAAAGUUAUGGACUCAUUAAUUCAUGGGAUGCUCAAACUUGGAUUAGGAGCUGAAUUGAAAGACAAAAAUGAUGCACCAGUUCCUAGUACACUUCAGUUAGAACCAGUGAAAGUUGUUGAUCCAGAGGGUAAACUGUACGUCGUUUAUCCAUCCAAAGUGGAUUUGAUUUUUGAUGACAUCAAAAUUACACGUGAAUAAAGUGAAUUUUUAUUUGCUUUUUCGCUUUAAAUUAUAUCAUGUUGACUACCAAGAUUCAAACCUGUCCACAAAUAUAACAAGUGAAUAAAAUAAACAAAUUUGGAUAAAUAUCUUUUA